AUGGAUAAAUCAGAUACUACAAUGAACAGUCAGACGUCACGCGAGGUCAAACGCAAGGCACAGUUACGUGACGCUCAACGACGGCUGAGGCAGCGCAAAGUGGACGAGCUCAAGAAUGCAAAUAGCGAGAUUGAAGCUCUUCGCAAACAGCUCGCAGAAGCUAAAGAGACCAUCGCGCGUCUGAGUGCUCAGGACAAUACUCCUGUGAGCAAUGAAUCAGUCACCCCUGCUCCACCUUCUCACCAGCUUCCUGGAAACCACCGACACGAUUUCGAGCUUGCCCAUGACAUGAAUGCUCAAGUCAACUCUGGUGAUUUUGCAAUCGACGACACUACUCUUGCACAGUUCUUGACCCCUUUGUCUCCAUCAACACUUGAAAGCUUCUUCCCUGGAGCAUCGGAUGAUCUGCUAUCCUUAGAUAUGGCUGAUGCCCUCCACUUCCCACAAGCCAUGAGCACGUCCGAACAGUCUUCUUCCCCAGAGGACAUAUCAAAGUCUUUAGAUCAAGAACGCGAACAGAUAUGGCCGCUCGGUUAUACUGCUGUCGCUGAUGACCGUAUGCCGUACAUGCCAUUGUCAGCUCAUACAGAUUCAUCCUCAAGCCUCUCUGCACAGCUUGUCCGACAACUCAACCCAAUCCCGUACACAGCUGUCCAUGAGCCGACUUUUGCGAAGAGACUGUGGCGACGAUGUGCAGAGAUGGCACUACGAAUGCUCUCAGACACUAGAAGACAUCAGGCUGCUCUGGAAAGAGCCUUCGGUGCCUACAUUGAUCGUUUCUCUCCUGAAAAGGUUCGAAAAUCAUUGAUCUCGGCCUUAGGUCAAGACAACUUUGAUCAACUGGAGUAUCGGACCUACCCAAAUUUCGACUUUGGUCAUCGUUCACGGAUGUUGCAAGACACGUUGGUGGAAGAACACAUGAUCUCGGGACAAAGCAAUCCCCAAGACGAUCCGUAUAUGACACCUCGUGAUAUUGAGAACUUUUAUGUCUCCAAUGGUCAGCUGAGGCAGUUUGUGGACCCAACAGGUAAUGCCGUGACUUCACCCUGUCACUUUGAUUACCAAGGCAAGCGUUGGAUCCUGGAAGAGAACAAACUCAUACACAUACUCAUGCAGUUUUCCGUCUGCCUCGGUCAAGGUCCUGCCCUUCUUGCAUCACAUGUCAUUGCUGCUACCUUCCAGAGUAUGCAAAGGGUGGCAAUCUGA